AUGAAUGAUAUGGAGACAAUUGAAAGUACUGCGAUCCCGGUUGAAGCUGUGGAGAUUUCAACGCCCCAGCUAUCAUCAUUGCGUCAAGAUGUCAUAAAAGAUGAGGAUUGGAAUCAGGGAACAGAGUCACUAUCAAACGCAUCAAUCACCUCUACAUCAGAAGUACAAAACUCGCAGCUCGCUCUCAUCAUUCAGAAGCCCAAUGAUGAAAUUCGGUUCUUACCAGAAGAAAGCAAAACUUGGAAUCGAAAAAUGGCCGAAAUGGAGCGAAUGCUGGCUGGGAAAUGUGAGGAAACGAGUCAGCUGAGGGAAGAAAAGAUCGCGUCUGAUGCAGAGAGAGAGGCACAGUUUACGGCGCUACAGAAUAAGAUCUUGACGCUGGAAGCUCAACUAAGAACUCAAAGGAUGAAUGGGAACAUUCCUUGCAUCCAAUUGGAU